UGCUGUCGACUCACUUCCUGGUUACGCAUCGAGGAAACACUGUUAUUGGAUACGGAAUCGUGAAGUUUCUUUCUAAAGUAUUUACCCCAGUUAUAACGCGUGCAUUAAUAACCAGGUUCGAUUUGAACCCGAGCAGUUGGCGGCUUGUUAUUACUAGACAAACUAGGAAAUGAAACACUUUAACGAUACCGAUGGUAACAUAGGAAAUGAUGUCUGAUGGGAAGUGAGGACGUGAGCGCCACGUCACUGCAGGAAACCUCACUUACACACAGGGACCUUCCUGGAUUUACAUCAGAAUAAAAACAAAGGCUACAACUCUGUACCAGUGCUGAUUGUCUGUCCCAAAACACUCGAGUAUAAAGGCUGUAUAAACCCUUGAAGGAAGCUAAAAUGACGUCGUCUAAUUGGGGUUUAAUAAUGAACGUGGUAAACAGCAUUGUAGGAGUCAGCGUGCUGACCAUGCCUUUCUGCUUCAAACAGUGUGGUAUAGUUCUAGGCACUCUGUUGCUUGUCUUCUGCUCAUGGAUGACCCAUCAGUCCUGCAUGUUUCUGGUCCAUGCAGCCAGCAACACUAAGCGCAGGACUUAUGCUGGACUGGCUUUUCAUGCAUUUGGUAAACCAGGAAAGGCACUUGUGGAGCUGAGUAUGAUAGGCCUGAUGCUUGGAACAUGCAUUGCAUUCUACGUGGUCAUUGCAGACCUUGGUUCAAACUUCUUUGCCCAACUUUUAGGCCUCCAGGUAACACGCAGUUUCCGUGUCCUGUUGCUCAUUGCUGUGUCACUCUUCAUCGUGCUACCUCUGAGUCUGCAGAGGAACAUGAUGUCAUCUAUCCAGUCAUUUUCAGCCAUGGCACUGAUCUUCUACACACUCUUUAUGUUUACGAUCGUGCUCUCAUCCUUCAAACAUGGCCUCCUCAGUGGCCUGUGGCUCAGCAGGGUCAUUUACGUACGCUGGGACGGCGUCUUUCGCUGCAUCCCUAUCUGUGGCAUGGCAUUCGCCUGUCAGUCGCAGGUGUUGCCUACCUACGACAGCCUUGAUGAGCCUUCAGUCAAAAGAAUGAGCACCAUCUUCACAUCUUCUCUCAACGUUGUCACCACCUUUUACAUCACAGUUGGGUUCUUUGGCUAUGUAAGUUUUACAGACACCAUAGAGGGGAAUGUGCUGAUGAACUUUCCCUCUAACCUUGUGACGGAGAUGAUCCGAGUGGGCUUCAUGAUGUCAGUGGCCGUGGGAUUCCCCAUGAUGAUCCUGCCCUGCAGGCAGGCCAUCAACACCAUGCUAUUUGAGCAGCAGCAGAAGGAUGGCACUUUUGCUGCCGGUGGGUACAUGCCGCCCCUUCGCUUCAAGAGCAUUACCCUGUGUAUCGUCUUCGGCACUAUGCUGGGCGGUAUCCUCAUCCCUAAUGUGGAGACAAUCCUAGGUUUGACUGGAGCCACUAUGGGCAGCUUGAUCUGCUUCAUUUGCCCUGCUCUCAUAUACAGAAAGAUCAUGAAGAAUGGCCUUGCUGCUCAGCUGGUUCUGUUGGUUGGGCUUGGGAUUCUACUCUUAAGCACCUUCACCACUAUGUCCAUCUCCAGUGAGCCAGAUAAAGUACAGCCUCCUGCUAUCGUCUCUGAUACUAAUGACAAACCGCCUGUUGUUGCUGUGCCAGAGCUGCCCAAACAUCCUGCUGAUCAAACCCCAGUUGUAGCAGGAAAACCAGACAAACCUAUUCUGGCUGUGGACCAGAUCCUGCCUGCAGAGGAGGUAAAGAGCACAGAGGAAAAGGAGCCACAGAUAAAAGUACCUAUGGAAGUGCCUGAGAGGAAGAAGCUCGAGGAGGUUCAACUGGACCGUCCUGGACCAGAAGUUGCAGUGCCUGAUGGUGAAGCUCACCGCCAUGAACCACCCAACCCUCAUGACGAGGUUCACAUAGAGAAGCGCAAGAACCAGCACGAGCUCAAUGAAGAAAAGAAUCAAGUUGCUGCAGAGGAAGAGAUGGCAGAACAGGGGGCAGGCCAGCAGCAGGAGCUGGCAGAAGAUAGAGGCAAGAAUGAGGUGGUGCAGAAAAAGCAGGAUGCUGCAAAGGUUCAUGUGGCCCAGGACCUGUCCAAUGAGAUCCAUGAGAAGGUAGAAGAACAGAAGCAGCCAGAGUUAGUUGUAAUGGCGCAUAAGUCUGAACAACUAUCUUUAGUGAAAGAGCAGGAAGCUGAGAACAGACUGCAAGCUGUUAAGAAAUCAGAGGAAAAUGAUAAACAAGUCGCUGACUCUGAGCCUCUUAAACACCCUGACCCAGCAGGCCAUUUGGCUGAGGUGCAUGAUGUGGCUGCCAAUCAAGAGCAUAAAGAAGAGAAAAAAACGGAUGGGAAGGACACCAAUGAAGGAGAUGGAGACAAGAUGGAAGUGAUUAAAAAGAUCGUCGCAGAGGGAGCGUUGGACCAUGCUGUGCUACUGCAGGUAAUCAAAGAGCAGCAAGAGCAGCAGAAGAGGCUGCUAGACCAACAGGAGAAACUCCUGGCUGUAAUUGAGGAGCAGCACAAAGAGAUCCAUCAGAAAAAGGAUGAAGAGGAGGAACCCAAAGCUGCAGGUGAUGCUGCAGCUGAUGCAGGUGAAAUGAAGCAGAAUGACAAAGCAGAUGGAGAUGGACAGGUGAAAGCCGCAGAACAGUUCUCAGACAACCACCAGGAACCUGAGAAUGCAGCUCCUGUAGCUGAGGCUCAAAUGCAACCAGUGAAAGACCCGAUUAUAAAAAGUGAUUUGGAAGAAGCAGGAGAGAGCAAAAAGAAUACUGCGCCAUUUAACCCAGCACAAGAUGAAGUCAAACAGGAGAAACAGCCUCCGCAGGUUGCAGUGCAUGGAGAUGGUAACACCCAGAAAGAACUUGGGGCACGAGGGGUGCCGUUACGCCAGCAUCAGCUUGACACUCCUAAACAUAAGCUUGAAGAGCUUCAUUCAGACGAUAUCGCCAAGGAGGAAGAGCGAGUAAGACAAAGGUUAGCCCAGCUGGAAGCUGAGAAAGAACAUCUUGAAAAGGAGAGAUUGGAGAAGGAGAGGUUCGAGAAGGAAAGACUGGAGAAGGAGAGGUUCGAGAAGGAAAGACUGGAGAAUGAGAGGCUUGAGAAGGAAAGACUGGAGAAUGAGAGGCUCGAGAAGGAAAGAUUGGAAAAGGAGAGGAUCGAGAAGGAAAGACUGGAGAAUGAGAGGCUCGAGAAGGAAAGAUUGGAAAAGGAGAGGCUCGAGAAGGAAAGACUGGAGAAUGAGAGGCUUGAGAAAGAGAGGGUGGAAGCAGAGAGGUUAAAAAAUGAGAAGGCCAGGCUUGAUGAAGAAAUUGUAAAGCAGGCUGAGCAGGAGCAGAAGUUGAUGGAGCAGAGGGAAAAAUUGCUCCAGCUGCAGAAGGUAAUUGACAGUCAAUACAACAAUCAGAAUGAGGUCAUUCGUAAAGCGGAGGGAGUUCCACAACCUGUGAAGAAAGGAGGUAGGGACUUAAAGGUGAAUUUGGGUAUUCAAGAAGAGGGACCUCAGAAAGAACAGAAGAGCAGGGAGGAAGGAGAGAUGGACCUGAGGAGGCGACGCAGGGAUCUGGGGGCUGGUGAGAGACGAGUGCCUGGACUGGAACCGCUGCUGGAGCUGGGCGGGUCAGACCUCCAUGUAGCACUCGAAGCUCAGCUGCUGGCUGGAGCUAUAGUUCAUUCCCGGCAGAUUAAACAGACUUCACAUGAGCAGAACAAAGAUGAGUAGUUUUUUCAGAUUUCUAGCUUUAUAGGGACUCUAUACUACAGAAAUCUGCCUUUCUUAACAGUGAUCUAAAAGAAAAUGGUUGGCAUUUAAUCUCUUAUCCAAAUAGACACGUUAAAGAUUUCUGGAAACUAAGGAUUAAUACCAAGGUGCAUUUGGAAGGUCAGUGUAAAGGUCACUGUUGAUUUGCAUACAUGUACGUGGUCAUUUAGAUAUUCUACAUUUAUCCUAAAGGUUGAAGUGGGUCCAUUAUAAAUCUCUUCAAAUUUAAUAGCAGCAGGUCAAUUUUGAGCAAUUAAACUGUUAAAAAGUUUCCAUAAACAUCUUUAACAUCCUGAAAAUGAUAAUACUGUUUCUGUACUUUUAUUAGUGUGAGAGCUUAGUGUUUACUUCCACUUUUGGGUGUUUUUUCUAUAAAGUAAAGACCAAGAGUUUUAGUGGAACAUGAACACACACCCACACACACACACACCCGCACGCACACACCCGCACGCACACGGAUACAUGCGCACACACACACGCAUACGCACGCAUAUGCAUACGCACACGAAUGCAUACACACACACACACAUACACAUGCACACACACGCGCAUACACGCAUACGCACACACACGCAUACACACACACCAGAAUUGUGGCAGGGAGACUUCACAGACCUGUUCUUUCUCCUCACAUUCAUUCCACUUCUGUGUAGUUUGGGUAGCAUUCAGUAAUAUCAAUCCACAUGAACUGUGUCCACCAGUCCAUUAACAUUGUGUUAUUUAUAUGAGGUCACGACACAAUCGAUUUCUGGUAUCGUGUCUGUAUUUGCAGGAUUCCUAGUUGCUUGAGCUUACUUUCACUCAAUCAGCUUAAGAAAAAGGUAUUUAAACACAAAUGUGUGCACAAAGUCUGUUAAAGAUGUACAACAUAAGGCCAAAAGUAGCUGGAGCCCUGACCAUCACACAUAUGUGGGCACAUAAUUCUAUAAAGUGUCCUUGUAUACUUAAGCAGUCUAAUUUGCCUUCACUGGAAGUAAGAGGCCUGUACGUGUUCCAGCAUGACAAUGCUCCUGUGUAUAAAAUAAGGUAUAUGAAGAUAUAGUGCCAAGAUUGCAGUGGAAGAAAUUAAGUGGCCUGCAUGAGCCCUGAGUUCAACCCCACUGAACAUGUUUGGGAUGAACUGGAAUGACGACUGCACCCCAGCCAUUUUUGUCUAAAAUGAUCAUUGAUUUCACUAAUGUGUUUGUGGCUGAAUAGACAAUUGGGUUUAUAGUCACGCUCCAAAAUCUAAUAAAGCCUUUCCUGAAGAAUUGAAGUUGUUAUAACAGAAACGGAGACUAGACAAGAACAAGAAAAGUGUUAAACCAGAAUGUAUGGGUAUGAUGGUCAGGUGUCCACAAACAUUUGGCUAUGUAACGUAGAUGAAUACUAGACUUAUAAUUUAUAAACCCAGAUAAGGGACCAAACACUUCUCAUGUUAAGGAACCCAAGUUGCCACCUUUUCUUUCUUGAUUACAAGAUUUUGUUGUAAUAUAACAGCAUUUAACUGCUACCCAAUGCUGUUAAACUUAGCUGGAGGUAAAGACUAAAGUUAUCCUGUCUCAUAAUGCUCCAUUCUGUGAUAAAGAGUAAACAGUGACCAGAGCAUUUUCCUUAUAAUGAAUGUGUUUAUUCUUUUAAAGGAGAACAGUCUUGGGGCUCAAGCCAUGAUUUGAACAUGAAUAUUUGCAACUAUUGAGCACUUUGUUAAUGCAACAAUAAACCAAAAGAUUAUUGUCCAGGAAAGGUUUUAUAGAAAUGUUUAUUUUUCUAGGCCUAUCAGAUUAUAAUUUAUUUUUCUCCUUUUCGGAGUGACUUUGUGUUUAAAAAAAAAAAAAAAAAAAAAGGUUACAGAAGAGCAAACUGUCAAUAAUUAGUUCAGUUGUUGGAUUUUUUUUUUUGUAUGUACAGAGAUACUAUAACACACAAUUUGGACCAUUUUACAAAGCUUGAGUCAUGCCGGUGUAUAGAUUUAUCUGUGUAUGUGUUUUUCUUGUUCUACAUCCCUCGCUCUUGCAUAGAAAUAUUUAAUGUUUCUGUUUUCUUGUAGGAGACACGUUAAGAGUUUGCUGUUUUUGUUUCUUCAGUCUUUGCCUCGAAGUUUAUGGUUUGAUAAAUAUAAUUAUUGUUAUUGUUGUUCUGGCCUACUUUCAGGGUUUAUUCUUUUAAUAUAUCUCUUGUGUGUUUAGUAUUCAGGUGAGCUAAAGCUGAUUAAACUGUUGUAAAUUCUACAGCCUGUACAUUUACCAACCUGAACCUGGUGUUUCAGAUGUUUAAAGUAUUGAAAAUAUUAAAAAUAAAUUGUGUUUUGCGGAGGAGGACGUACAAAAGAAUGACCUACCAUCAUCUCUCAGGUGGUAAUUAAAUGAAAAUGCUUGUUAAUUUUGUUUAAGCAAUGUAUUUUUCAUGUUUUAGUGCAGUUUAUUGGUUUGACAUUGUAAAACAUGCUUUAUAUGUCAUCUUGUUUGCAUCCUCUUACAACACAGCAUUUCUCCAACAGUUACAUUUUUUGCUUAUUAAAGAAUGACCCAAUAUCG